GUAUAAAGACACUGGCAGCUUACAACACCGCCGUUGCUCCGACAUAUAAUAAUCAUAUAUAAAUUACACUAUCAAUACAGGCCGAAACCAGUUAGGUAUUUACAGAAGUCCGCGCGCAAAGCCUUUAACAAAAAUUUAAGUUAAAUAUAAAAUUCAAAUACAAAUUUGUGAAACUGUCUCGCAGUUGAAGAAUGGAUUUAGAAGUCGAAGAAGUGAUAGAUGGCCUUUUCAGCAAAGAUGCUUAUGAGCAACCAUGUGAUACAGAUAAUGUCGAGGACUUGGAAAUUAAACUACCAGAAUGGUUUGACGAAAAAAAAUAUAAUCAGGGUCGUCGCUUUUAAAGGGACUUUUUCUUCAUGCAGUCAAUAUCGAUGAUUUUGGGUUUGGUCGCCGUAAUGGCUAUCCCCACCAUCCUAAGUGUUCUGGUUGGAACCCGACGCUCGAACUCACAGUAUACAGCCUUCAAACGAUAUUGGUCAACGUAUUCACACGUUAAUUCUUGGUUAGAGCAUGAUCUGAAGCCAGGUAGCCUAUCGUGGCGGUCUCUUCAAACCAUACGGUCCCACCAUCUAGUAGCUAGCCGCGCUUCUAAGAUUAAAGGCCACGGAACUGUGUCUCAGCGUGAUAUGGCCUUCACACUAUUUGGCUUUAUAGGUUUUACGCUUUUAAAACCGAAUAGACUGGGUAUACGAGCUUUGCAGCCUGGCGAUUGGGAGGCAUUCAAUCAUUUCUGGGGUGUAAUAGGUCACGUACUUGGCUUGGAGGACAGGUACAAUAUUUGCCGCAAAAAAUACGACGAAACCAAAGAAAUCUGCCGGAUCCUCCAAGACAAAGUGUUCACGCCAUGUCUAACAAGUCCACCAGACUAUUUUGAGCACGCUGCUCACGUAAUGGCAUCAGGCUUAAGCGCCAUUCACCCAGCUAUAGAUCACGACGCUUUGGUCUAUUUUACCAAGAACUUAUCAAACGUACCAGGUUAUAUCUAUACGGAGGAAGAUAGGCUGUCUCUGGAAAUGAAUUUACAAAAACAACUUAACGGAUUAAACAAUGACGCGGGCGUGAAUGUGACCAACUUGAUAGAAAAGUGCCCCAUAGAUUUCUUACCAAACUCUUCACCAAUAAUCCUUUAUGCGAAAGACUAUAAAACAUUGGACGACUCACCACAGUACAAGCGUCUUUCUUUGUCCUCAAAAUUAAAAAUUGCAUCUCACGACCUGAUUUUAAGUUUAUAUAUAACUAAUAUCGGUCGAGUUAUUUUUAAUUUGCAAUUUUACUGGACCGUUUUCAUAGGUACCUAUUUGCCGUAUGUUGCUAUGUGGAGGUUCGGUAUAACGCAAGCUUAUGUAAAUAUAUUUAAAAUGGGUCCAACUGACAAUGUUGUACCUCUUCCUAAUUCUAAAUAUUAUAAUCGAGAGCCUAAGUCGUGGUUUAAGGAAAUAUGGGACUGUGUUUUUUGGUAGUAAUCAGUUUGAUGAAAUAACUUUAAAACUAUUUUACUAUUAUUUACUAAAAUAUAGUGACUUGUAAUAAUAUAAAAAUAAUAGUUUAUAACCUAAUCAUGAAGUAUUUUAUCAUUGUAACAUUCUAUGGUAGUAAUGGUGAAUUAAUUUCUUUGUUAAUUUGUGUUAUUUAUUUGUUAAAAUUAAGUUGUGCAAGAUUAUUUAUUAUUUCAAGUCUAGUCUAAUUUCUAUUAAAAUAGUUAUGUUUGUAAAACUUUUUACUGCAAUCAAAACAGUAAUUGUAAAUAUUGUUAUGAAGAUUCAGACUCAACCCAAGUGUAAUAUUUUGCGAUUUUUCUACAAGUUAGAGACGUUUAGAGCAAGCAGAAAUAUGACUAAUGACCCUUUCAAGAGGGGCUCUACACAUAGCAGAAAAUAAAUGAUUACUGCAAAA